AUGAUUAAACAACAGCAACUUAAGGCGCAAAGCGCCCAGGUCCUUCAGACCAUUACAUACGCCAUAUAUGCAUAUAAUUCAAAGACGGCAGAACAAACGCAAAGGUUGAAAUAUGGAGAUUUGGAGAUAGUAUUGAAAAAUGAGCAUUUCGAAUUCGUUUGCAAAGGUGGUGCAGUGAUAUCAAAUAUAAAAGAAAUUUUAUUUAUGAAUUCAAAAAUUAAAGGAAUAACGGAUGAUAUAACAUCAAUUCCACCAGAAGAACAGAGAUAUUACGCAUUAAAUGCAUUUCCUAAAGUUUUGAAGAUUGGAAGAUUUAAUUUAAAUGAGGAAUUCAUAGAAGGUUUCCUAAAUGACAUAAUGAAGAAGGCAAAUUUGGUUUAUGUUGAUGAAAAAGAUAAUGAAAUUAAAGAAAAGGUUGAAUGGUAUCAUGAAUGGACAUUGGAGACUUUUAAAGUUAAAGCUGAUACAGAAUGGGUUUCAGGAUGUUUAGACCUUAAAGCAGAUAAAACUUAUGUUGAUGAAAAUUAUGCAAAGAAGUCGGAAGUAAAUGAUGUGAUUACAAGCAUGAAAAAUGAAAUACUUCAAACAUUAUAUCCUGUUGGUUCUAUUUAUACGUCAAUGAACUCAACAAAUCCAGCAACAGUUUUAGGUUUUGGUAUGUGGAAGCAGAUUGUAGAUAAAUUCUUAUACUGUGCUAGAUAUUCAAAGCAAACAGGAGGUUCAAAGAAAAUUAAAGAAGCAAACCUUCCACCGCACACUCAUACAGGAACUACAAACUUUUCUGGCGACCAUAGACACUCAUUAAGAGACCACCCAUUAUACAACUCAGACUAUGAAGCUGGUUAUGAUGUUUUAUCUCCAGCUUAUAACGAUUCAACAAAAAAGACUUUUCGACAAACUGAACCAGGAGGAAAUCAUGUCCAUACUUUCACAACAAAUCCAACAGGCUUGGGUAAAGAUUACAUGCCACCAUUUGUGACUGUAUUUGCAUGGUACCGCAUUCAUUGA